AUGACAACAGAAGCGUACGGAGAGUGGCGAGGUCCGCGCGAAGAGCCGGACACACCAGAGAUAGGAAUGGGAGAAUUGUCAGGUGCACUCCCACCUUUGGAACCACAAGCACCAACAUCGAGGGAAGCUGGACUGGAACAGUACGUUCGGACCAGAAUAGAACAGGAGCAGAGACGGCUCCACGACCUUUACAAAACGCAGCUGAAAGAGGCGAAAGAAGAAGUAGAAGAAUUGCUAGCCAAGUUGAGGUUAGCUACGUCGAAUUCUUCUACGUCCGCUCCCGCCGCAUCCGCACCCACACCACCCAGUACGCAGCCGAGACGCGUAGACAGAACGAGAACGGCACUCCAGAAGCCUGAGAACUUCGAUGGAGACCGAAAGAAGUACAAGGCUUUCCGCGAAGCCUUAAUGCUAAACUACGAGGAUGAUGAGGAGUAUUUCGCGGAUGACAAGAGAAAGAUCGCCUAUGUGCUUUCUUUUAUGACGGGAGGAGCAGCGGCUGCCUUCAGAACAGAGUGGAUGGAGACGAAGAUAGAAAAGAGGAUGCGAGGAGAAAACCUGAAAUCCACUUACGAAA